AUGGUAGAUAACAUGGAGCUUGGAAGAAACGACCUAACGCGCGAUUUCCAAACGGUUGUUGCCAAGGUCAUUCUACCCUUCCGUUUUCGUUCCGCUGUACAUGGCAAUUGGGUUGAUGCGACGAGAAUCGCGGGUGCUGAGCCGUAUGACGUGCAGUCUUUCGAGGAUAUCUACCCCCACAUCCCUACAGUUGGACCUGAUUCAAGUAGCAAGGUCAACGAGCAAUCCCAGUUACACAGCUCCACAACCGAGCGGAAUAUGGGUUACAGAACCAUCGGAAUUUUCAUCAACAAGCCUGAGCACAAUAGCUCAGGGGUAGAGCGCUGGGCUCAUAACCCAGAGGUCCCUGGAUCGAAACCAGGUUGUGCUAACAAAUCUUUUGCAAUUUAUGGCAAUUUGUUCCUUUUGAGCGAGAUUCUCUGUUUCCUUUUGUUUUGGCUCGAAAAACAACGUCGGGUUGCAGCUACGUGUAUUCAAUACUUGCAAUUUCACUAA